AUGACGAGCUCAGAGGAGACAAACGACAAAUUCUACGGGGACUUACAUAUUAACUUAACGGCUGUACCGAAAGCGGACAUACGGGUUAUCUUCGAUGGAUUGGACGCUUGCGUCGGAACAGAUCACGCUGCCUAUGGGGAGUGUUGGAUUCCCGGCGGUCUCAGCGGCUUAAAAGACAAUGGCCUCAUUCUUCUGCAAACCUGCACGGAAAGCUGUAUCCUCCUGGCCAACAAUGAGGGCAGCGUUGGUGCACUCCGACCGCGGCGCUGGUCGUUUUUGGCCGGACGGACGUAA